AUGGCAGCAAUCUCAUGUCUUUUUUUUUUUUUUUUUGCUGAUGACAUUAUUGCUGUUCUUUCUUGUUCGGUUUGUUUUUAUUUUUCUCUCCCCUUAUUUCUUUUAUUUUUUCUUUUUUUCUUUCUUUUUAUUUUUUGCCCUGGUUGUUUUUUUUUUUCUAGCUUUUUUUCUUUUCCUUGUUUUUUUUCUUUUGUUUUCCUUUUGUUUUAUUUUUUUAUUUUUUAUUUUUGUCUUUUUUUCUGUCUUUUGUCCAUUUUCGUUGUUGUCUUUUUUCGUUGUUGUCUUUUUUUCGUUUCUCCUUGUCUUUUGUUUUGUCUUCCUUCUUGUUUUAUGUAUUUUCCUGAUUUGCUGUUUGAUACAAUCCAUUACCAAAAUUUAAUCCAGAGACAUAAGACAAAUGAUUCUAGGCGAUGCAAAUUACAUGGAAAGAUAGUGUGCAAAUUACUCUCUCUCUCUCUCUCUCUCUCUCUCUCUCUCGAAAUAGCUGUCUCUUCACCGGUGGAAUCCUUUUCGAUUACUACUGUGACCUUACCCUACAACAAUCUAUCCUUUUUCUUCUUCCUCUUUUUCCUAUCUUUUACUCGCUCCUUACAUCCUUUCACUCUCUCCUUUUUGCUUGAAGUUUUGACAUGGAGGCUUAAAUAUCUGGCCAUUCCAUAA